ACUCAAUGUGUGGUCCCGUUUUCUUAUCGAGUUGUCUACGACUGAAACGCCUUAUAAGAAAAGUUUGAAUUUUUAGUGAAAGGCUAUCUGUCAAGAUAAACACAGGUUCAACAACUCACUAUCUUUAUUGCUGAAAACUUGUUAGUUUAUACUAAUUUUGUUUUACCUUUUUAAUUGAAAUCAGAGUACAUUUAACCAACUUUGCGACUUUUCGAAACGUCAACGGUACGUUCUAUGUUACAACAUAUAAAUUAUACCUUUGUGCAGCUUGAAAUCGUCUUGGUUAGUGUGAAAUAUUCAUAAGCAAGCAAACGUGACCCGUCAGCAUUGAUUACCAUUGCAUUGAUAAUGUCAAAACAUGAUAUGAACAUGCUCAUCAUUUAUCACUUACCAAUUAGUUCAUCAUGAUGUCUCACCAUGUAAAUUCAUCGAUCUCCCUCAAUUUUAAAAUUAAAUACUCUCAUCACGUUUUCGCGGUUUUUAAGAUUGAGAACAUGCUCUUUUUUAGAAGGGAUGAGGAAUACGAAUAUGUUUUCACCAUUCCUUAGAAAUUUGUUGUUUAUCUUUCAUAUUUGUCGAUAUUUCACAAUACUCGGCCAAUUCAUUCAUAUUCGUAACUUUUAUUAUUCAUAUAGUUCAGUUUUUGGCUGUUAUUAGCCUGUGAGAUAUUUAUUUUUAGGGCUUACGUGUUAUGUACGUAAUCUAUCUACGUAGAUAGAUUGUCACAAAUAUUUCUGUAGUUAUCUUACUACUAUCUAUUAUCAAUAACCAAUAAAUGUGCCGAAACGUUCAAGCAACGCAUUCAAAUGGUCCAUUGAACAUUAAUAAAUUUGCUUAUUAUUAUAGCCUAUAGGUUAUUUUGUAUAGAAAGAAUAACAAUAUGCUGUUAUAUGAAGUCACUGGCAAAGAAACUGCCACGUAACAUUUCUGAACUCGAAGGUUAGUCCUCAUAUUAGCGAAGUCACUAUAUUUGUUUCUUACCAAGUUUUAGGAAGCACAGUUCUAUGCUGUACCGAAAAUUCUAUUCAGAGGUCGUGUUACUGCAUUAGAAUUUUGUACAGAAGCUUGUCAAGAAAUCGUGAUAAUAAGAUCUCUGCUACGUCCUAAGUAGUUGAUCAUAUGAUCCUAGGGUGCUCAUCCCAACUGAGAACAAUAAGCAGAUUAUCGUUUACGUUUGCUAGUCUUAUAUUUCAGGAAACAAAUACCAUACGAAAAAAUGAAUUGUCAAUGUUUGAUGCAUGAUUACAUCAAGAAAACAUCCUUAUUUGUGAGGUAAACUAGGUUUCAAAAGUUUUAGAUUCGUUGUUUCGAGGAUAAAUUUAUGUAACUAUUAGGAAUGGAUAGGUCUUGGUACGUCUACCUUAAUCUCUCAGUACUUAAUUCUAUAGAAAUGUUAACACCAAGUGACAAAAAUUUGUACAUUUUCUCCCUAGAAAGAGUUCUCGGUAAAGUUGUGUGAUUAAUUUGUUAUUUAAAGGACUUCAUCUAUAAGCUAGUUUUCAGUUACAAUUAGCGAAUAUCUUUUUAAUGAGUUUAAGUAAUAUGUGGAUCUUUAAUUUAUAAAGAUUCUAUCAAAUAUGCUUUCAACAUUUAUUUUCGUGUCGGAUUUCAAACCCUUAUGACUUAUUUGAUGUUUCUAAUCAAAUAUCUGAAAUCAGCAUCAUAGGUGGAUGGAGAUAUUUAAUAAGUACAAGUACUAAUAUUCGUACGUUCUACCUUCGUAAAGUAGAAAAUCAAAUGAAGCGAUGAUAUUUUCUCAAAAAGAUUGAUUUGGGUAGUAGUUUGGAGGCAGAAUAUAAUCAGUCUAUCAUCCUCACAGUGGUUGUUCUAGUAACCGCAAACAAAUCAAAGGUUAAUAAUGACGUUGAAAUAUAGGAUUACAUACAGUAUGUCAGAUGAUAUUUCGUGUUUCUGUGAAUUAAAUUGUUUUUGUAACUUUUUUAUUCAAAUCAACCUCAAAUGUUCUGAAGAUAUUUAUCAGAUAUUAUCUGCAUUUCAUGGCUCCAAAAAUUAAUGUAGGUUACGGGACUUUUUAAAAGUAUGUUGUUCGUCUAGUAAACCAUUUAUUCUGCUAGUGAUUUCGUCUUUAAAUAUCCGAUAGUUAAACCAAUUAUUCUCAAAUACAUUAGCACUAAUGUUCAAGUGUUUAUUUGCUUGCCUGUACAAAGCCUAUUGGUUAGUCUAAAUAAACUGCUUUAUGGACAAAUCUCAAAAUAUGUCAAUCAUAAAACGAUUUAUUGAAGAACUAUACAAUUUACUAAGAAAUUUAAAAUUAACACAUAACAUAGCUAUUGAUGUAAGAUUAGGCUUAUUGAUAUCUACUUAACUACUAAAUGUAAACUAUUGUUUAAGUUGUUUCCAACUUACCUUUGAUUGUUCAAAAAUAAAGUGGUAUGGUUAUGUUGGCUGAAAGUUCACAUUAUUGGGAACAUGAACGAAGUUUUUCUAGUGAAAUCUAAGCACCAAAGGUUAGGAAUUGAAAUUUUUUUAAUUCAUUCAUAUAUUUGUGAGGGGCAAAAUGUCUGUAUGAUGAACUAAAGGUGAUGUGUAAAGCUCUCUACACGAAAUACAAAUGAAGUCUAAGUUCGUUAGACUCUUUAUCACUUUAUAUCAGACAAGUUUGAAAAACACUAUUUGUUAGAUAGUUUAAAAUCAUGUUUAUAACUAAUUCUGGCUUUACUUGGUAUAUUUCAUUGUUGGUCUGCAUUUCUACAGGAUUUUUAACAAUUCUUUAUUACGGACGUAUUAAUCACUAAAUAUGGAUGAUUCUCAUCUAUCAGCAUCCGCUUUCAAUAGUAUGAAACCAACAAACAUUUGCUGCAACAUCGAGCGACACUUUUGAAAAAUACCUUAUUUCAAAGCUUAGAGGGAGACAUACAAAAUAAAUAGAAAUUUGAGUUUCAGUAGAAAUGCAACGACUUGUGUACAGUAUUGUUUGAGCCUUUAACUAAAUUUUUUACUGAUAUAGUGAAGAUUUGUAACUCAGAUAGAUGCUAUUUUCUUUGAAUUGGAUAGUCUCUUUAUGAAGUUUUCAUUGCUGUUCUGAAUACUAUCAUCGACGCUUACUUGUACCUAGCCUAGAAAAGACAAUACAACAAAAUUUCUUUUUAUUAUUAAAUUCCAUAAUAUAUGUUGAAAAUACUGUCGAUUUUUCAACUUUUUUUAACGGAAUAUAAACUGAUAAACUGAUUUAAAACUAUCUUUCAGUGCUGUAUUGGAAGUUAUUUCAGUGAUUCUUUAUCAAUCCGUUAAUCAAUAUUUACGUCUAUAGUUAAUGUUUAACUGUCGUUUGGUAAAAGGUUUACUGUUUUGCUUUUGGUUCCACAUCAAAUGCAAACUUCAAUUUCGUAAAUCCUCAAGAGUGAUCAUUACAUUUGGCUAAAACAAAAUAUAACAAAACUUCUCAUUAGUACAAACAGCUUUUAGUCCGUAUAUCAUAAGAAAUUUGGGGACAAUAAAUAUCUUUCAUGCCUACCGUCAUAAUUUUACAUUGAAUGACACUAACGCUUUAUUAUUAAAUUUAAUAAGCCGUAUAUUUUAAUUUCUGGUAAAAUAAUCGUAUAUUAAUUGUAACUUCAUUCAACUCAAUAUUCUGUACAUUUACUAAUAUUAUCUAACUGUUUACUGUAAAAAUUGUAAAAUAAAAUCGUUCGUCUCAGGGGAAAACGAGUAGCCAUUGAAAACAUAAAUAUUAAACGAUUUUAUGAGAACCGUAUAUUUUGGCUGAUUCCUAUUAAAUAGUGUUCAUAAGUUUCUUUGAGUCUAAAUAGUUGCAUUUAUGUUGCCAACUUGUGUUUAAACUAGUUUAACCAUUCUUUGAUUAUUACUUAGUCCUUUCCUAAUAAAAAAUUCAGAUGUAGGUGUUCGAUUGAAAGUAAUCUCUACCUUUUGAUCUUUUAUUGUGAAUAGCUAACCCUUUUUAAUUGUAGAGUACAAAUGUAUAACCUUACUUGUUAGUCUAAAUAAAUUAGUCGAGCGUUAAACUGUUUGAAAUAAAUAUUCUCAUAUUUGUGGGAACCAUGUUUUGUGUAUGGUUAAACGGUUUUCAGCCAAAAAAAUGAUGCAAUCUACCUUCUAGCCACUAAAGAACAUUUUGACACAUUAAAAACACAGAACGACAUCGGGAAUUAUGGUAGUUCCUGCCUUAUUUAAGAUCAAAAAGAAUCAAAGUUCAGUAAGAUUAUCUGCGGUCUAUACCUUCAAAACUGGAAUCAGUGCUUAGUUGAACAGAAUAGAUUUUACGCAUUUCAGUGUCAACUAAAUCUUAUUGUCGCUAACAGCUUAUUUCAAUGCAUCCCAACAGAAGUCUUCUUUAACUUUACAAAUAAAUACUACAUAACGAUUAUUCAUAUGUUUGACUUAGUUGGUUAUCCAUAGAUUUUCCUUACCCGACUAUUAUAUGUUUAUUCACAUUAUAAUCAUCAAAAAAAUAAAAGUCUAGAUUGGACAUAUCUACUCUUCUAUAGAUUGUAUAUAUUGAACAAAUAAAUCUCCUGGUAAUUUUGUGACGUCACUUACAAUAAUAUCAUCAUAAAGAGCCAUUAUUAUCUAUGUUUAUCUAAACAGCAUGAAAAUAGUAAACGAAGUGUUCUAUGAUAAAAUCGACCUCAGUAAAAAGAAUAAUUAUCUUGAUGCGCUUAUAUUAAUUUGAGGAACCGUAAGAUGAACUACACUUAAAUUAGACCAAUAUCCAAACUUCAUCCAGUUUAAUCAUAUCACCGUACCAAUUGGUGACUAAUCUUGACAAUGAUCCACAAAAUCCUAUCAGUAAAUGGUUAGCAACAGAGUCCGCUCAAGACAGGUGAGUGACAAGUAUCGACAAUGGACAUUAGACGAUAACCGAAUUAAAGUUGAAUGUAUUCCACAUUGAAUUCGUGCUCAGAGAAUUAAUUACUCGUAAUUAACUAAGUAGAAGCUUACAUCUUUUAUUUUAUUAAUAAAAUCACUAAAAAUCCGAAAUAUACUACACAAUGUUUGCUUCUUUCAAUUCCAUUUAUGCAUAUCUUGAGCUCCUUCUAAGAUCUGAACUGAAUCACUUGAGAUGAGAUGAUGGUUUAUUAUCCUGUGUUUAAAUUUUCUCAACUACUUUCACUCUGAUAUGAGUUUUUUCAGUUUUAUUAGAAACAAGAAUAUAUAUGUAUAUGCAUAUAUUCACUUUCAUAUGUUUAAUUUACAUUCAACUAAUUAAACGGUUGAAUUCCAUUUAACAAGAAUUUGAUAACUUUUUGAACCUGUUUUGCUUUUUCUGUAGAUAAAAAUCAGUUUUUCGAUUUCAUCACUGAAUGAAUCAAAUUUUAUUAAGAAUUUUGAAAUCUCAUGUUAACAAGCAGUCUUUUUUAGAUCAGCUUAAAGCAUUCAACGAAAAGCCAAAUGUAAGCUAAUUUACCAAUUAUAUUUUUUAAAUCUUCUGGCAAAUUAAUCUUAGUUUUCUCAAAUAAUUAAUAAUAAUCUAAUAUGCUUGGUAUAGGGCUUACAUAGUGAAAUUCAAAAAGUAAAUUUUGCCCUAUCUGAGAUUCAUCAGCCGAAUGAAUUUACAUCCGAGAUUUGAUGUUUAUACUGGGACCUGAAUAGAAUAUCUAUUGUUUUAAACAUCAAAGAGUUAUUGCCAAAGAUUACUUACUCACUUAUGCCUGUCUCCCUUCGCGUAGGACCACAGGCCACCUACCAGGAAUCUCCAUUGAACUCCGUCCUGGGCAAUCCUUUCCAGUUGUUCCAAGUUGCUACUCAUCUUAUUGAUGUCUCUUUCCAAUUCAAGAUUAAAUGUGUUCUUUAUUCUUCCUAUUUUCCCCUUUACUUCAGGAUUCCAAGUUAGCGCUUGCCUCGUGAUGCAAUUUGGUGAUUUCCUCAAUUUAUGUCCUAUCCACCUCCAACGUCUUUUCCUAGUCUCCUCUUCAGCUGAGAGCUGGUUUAUCCUCUCUCACAAUAGGUUGUUGGUGGUUAUAUCUGGCAACGGACAUUGAGUAUCUUAUGUAGACAACUGUUUAUAAAUACUUGUACCUUUUUGAUGAUGACGAUUGUAGUAGUUCUCAAAGUUUUAGUUCCGUACAGUAAAACUGUAUUGAAAUUCGUGUUGAAGAUUCUGACUUUGAUUUUAUCUGACAGUUGUUUUGAGUUCCAUAUGUUCUUCAGUUUUAGGAAUGAUUCCCUUGCUUUGCCAAUCCUUACCUUUACAUUUUCAUCAGAUCCUCCAUGUUCAUCGAUGCUGCUGCCCAGGUAUGUGAAAGUUUCCACCUUUUCCAGGGCUUAUCCAUCAAGUGUGAUUGGGUUGGUGUUCUCUGCGUUUUAUUUUAGGAUCUUGCUUUUUCCCUUGUGAAUGUUGAGACCUACAGAUGCAGAAGCUGUCUCGAACUGCAUUUGUUCGUGUGUAUAGCAUAGAAGUGCCAGGUCACCUGCAAAGUCCAAAUCAUCUAGUUGCAUCCAAGUUGUCAACUUUAUUCCGUGCUACUCGUCAGAUGUGAAGGUCUUCAUAAUCCAGUUGACCAUCAGAAGAGAGAGAAAGAGGAGAGAAUAGGAAACCUUGUUUGACUCCAGUACUCCUUUGAAAUCCAUCUGUCAGCUGUCCUCCAUGCACGACUUUGCAUUGAAGUCUGUCAUAUGAAUUCCGGAUGAUGUUAACAGUUUUCUCAGGUUCACCACAGUGUUGGGAAAGUUUCCAUAAGGUUCUCCUGUUCACUGUGUCAUGUGCUUUCUCAUAGUUAAGUUAGCUGAAGUUUAGUGAUAAGUUCCAUUCAAUUGAAUGUUCAACAUUGAUCCGUAUUGGUGCAGUUUAGUUUGUACACGACUGAUCGUAACAGAAUCGUCCUGUUGAUCGCGAAGUUGGGUGUUUACUGAAUCAUUCAUUCGGUUCAAGAACCCUCUGUUGACAACGUUUCUUGUUACCGAUAGUAGUGUGUUGCCUCUGUUGUUCUCACACUUGCUCAGAUCGCAUUUGUCUGGUAACUUGAGAAUGUGUCAUUCUCUUCAGUCUGUUGGCACUGGUUCUUCCUCUCAAAUCUUUCUGCAUGGAACGUGGAUCGUCUUUGCAGCUACUUUUAUUCCUGACUUCAGUGUUUCAUCUGGUAUUAUGUCAGGUUCUUCUGCUUUACCACUCUUGAUUUGUCUGAUAGCCAUGAUGAUUUCUUCUGUCGUUGAUGGAGUGACAUCUAUAGGAAGGUCUGUGUGUGCUGCUUCGGUGUCUGUUGUGUCCAGUGGGGCUAGUCUAUUCAAGAGUUCUUCAAAGUGUUCUACCCACCUGUUCCUCUGUUCUCGACUGGCUUGCGUUAUAUUUAUUUGAUUGAUCGCUUUGUUUUACCAUAUUUCCCUACUAGUUUCUUCGUUAUAUCGUUCAGUUGUUUGGUGUUUCCUUCGCUUGAAACUUUUUCCGCUGUCGCUUCUAGGUCUUCCAUGUAUUGCUGUCUUCUUGUUCUUCCUUUCUUGAGGCUUGUCUAGAAAUUCGAUAGAGACCCAUUCCUUAUGAUAGUAAUUCUUGCGGCCUAGAACCUCUUGAUACGUUGAACUUAAUGCUUCUUUGAUCCCUUUGCAGUUGUCCUCCAUAGUAGUUCCUUCUUUUCUUAAUAGAUCCUGUAUGGCUUGGAACCUGUUGUUGAGAGUUAUCUAAAAUUGGUUACGUUUCUCAGUUUGCCGAGGGGAGGCUGUGUUAAACCUUUGUAAUACUGUAUUUUUUCAGUUGCCUAGUGCUCUUCUACCUUCAGUUUCAUCUUGACAACCACCAGUGGUGAUCUGAAGCUAGCUAUGCCAGCUCCUCUCCUGGUCUUCAAGUCUUUCAUUGACCCUGUGAUUUUUUUAGUGAUGCAAUUAUUAUCGAUCUGGUUCCCUGUAGUGCGAUACAGUGAGAUACAUGUAGCUUUGUGUAUGUGUUUGCGUGGAAAUAUUGUGCCGCAUAUAACCGUUUUGUUGAGUGCACAGAAAUUCGCAAAUUUCUCACUAUUCUCGUCCCUUUCUUCCAGUCAGCUCCCAUCACGAUGGCCUGGUUAUUUCCUGUGCACUUCUUUACGAUCGGUUGCAGCCUCUCGUAAAACUAGUCUUUGUCAUCUUCAUUGCUAACAUUGGUAGGUGCACAACACUAGAUAACCUUCAUUGUAAUUCCCUCCUACUUUGUUUUGAAGGAUGCUUUGAUGAUCCCGAAUCCAUGGGAUUCCAUCCUAUAAGUGGUUUAUAUGCUUCUUUCAACAGCACCGGAGCAACUGCCUGAGUGUAUGGAGCAUUUUCUUAUUCGUAAACAGAGUACAGCAGCAUCUUUCCCGAAUCUAACCUUUUAUGUCCAACUUGGACCCGAUGGAUUUCACUUAUUCCAAGAACUGCUAUGUUCUAUCUCUUCAUUUUCAUAGCUAUUUGAUAAGUCCUACCGGCCUCCUCCACUGUCCGGACAUUUUUUGCACCUAUAUUGAUUGUUGCUCUGGUUGUUAGAAAGGGCAUUGGCCUUGUGACGUCCGGAGAAUCUCGGCUUUCACUAUGAGGAGUCAUAAUUCUUCUGAAAGGAAAUCCUCCGACUUCCAGGGCAGUGUUUAAAUGAUUUAAAUUGUUUAUUCUAGUCAACGUUCUUUAGCAAGGUUGUUUUAUACGGGAUGGGGUUGCUGACCCUAUAAUCAACCCUCUUCCUUUACCCGGGCUUGCGACUGGCAAUAAACCUAAAAGAGCUACAGGCGGAUAUACUGAGUCAGAAUAGACACUUAAUUGUUUAACAAGCAAGGAAGUAAUAGAAAAAGUUUAUAAUUUCCAGUUCGUAUUAUUCAAGGCUAUAAUUGACCAGUCUCUAUUACAAUGUGUAUUUCCUGAACGCAUUGUCUCGAUAUAGCAUUUUUUCCACAAGUUCUGGUAUGCAUGAUAAUAACUUAGUUUAUUGUAUAAAUAGGGUCAGUAGUCAGCAUUACUAUAGGCUUAUCAUGUGACAAAACGUUUGUCCGACGCUUUUUAUUUUUCCACUGCUUUUUCAAUCACCCUAUUGUUAUGACUGAAAGGCAUCGGCUUUACUUCGUGGCUGUACGUUAGCGUGACGAACAGGUUUACUUAUCAUAACUAUCCAAUCAAAACUAAAUAACCGAAGGAGGAUAUUCUUUCGAAUUCUAAUAUAUCAGAAUUGUCAGUUGAAGUGCUUUGAUACCAGUAGUAUGUUUUUAACAGUACAAGCACGAUAAAACAAAAACCAAUAGUAGUUUUGACCGGUUUCAUACGGUUCUGUGUUCACUAUCCAAAUAGCAACAAUACCACUACUAAUCUAGUUACAUUGUCAGUGUGGGUAACCAAAAGAUUAUAACCGUUUACGCAUUUCUAAAAACAUAUAAAAAUGUUUUAUUCAUGUAAUUCAUUUAUGUGUCCUAAUUUUCAGAUAUUAGCUGCUGUCAUCUCAUGUGUCGAUUCACGUGUUUUAACAUCAAAACUUUUAUGCUCAAAUGUUGGUGAAUUAUUUAUCGAAAGAAAUCCAGGAAAUUUCAUUUGUUGUGAAAAUUCUUCACUGGAACAUUUUAAUAAAAAUUGUGUUACACCAGGAUUUUUAGAGUUGACUUUAAUACGAUGUAGAAUUAACGACAUCAUUAUUUGUGGCCAUUCAGAUUGUCGGGCUAUGAAUUUAUUAAAUAACUUAGGAAAAUGUAAAUAUGAAAGAAGUCAUCCUUAUCUUGCUCAUCAUGAGCAUCAACCUAUUGAUGUUCAAACUGAAAAUAAUAAAAUAACAUCAAGUCCUUUAGAAAAGUGGAUUUGGGAAAAUGGAUGUAAAACCUUACAAAAUUUUAAUACUAAAUCUGGUAUUCUCAGUUUUAAAUCAUCAUCAAUUCACUCAAAAUGUCCAACACUUGAACUUGAUUUAAAUUCGGCUAAACAUUUAACAGAAGUUGAUUUGCUUUCUCAAAUAAUGACAAAUUUAAAGUAGUCCAUGAAACCAAUGGCCCUUCUCUCAACCAUCUACCUUUUUCAAAUCUAAUGUAAGAUGAUGGAACAAUGUAUCAUUUCUAUUAACAUCGUUUUUUUUUCUCCACCCCUUUCUCUCUCUCUCUCUUCUUUUAUAUAAACACCAAACAAUCCUAUUCUAGGCAAAUGUAUUACAACAAAUGAUACAUGUAUAUUCAUAUGAAAUGUUAACAAAUCAAUUAGCACAAAAUUUAUUACGUAUACAUGGAAUAUGGUUUGAAUUAUACUCAGGUAGAGUACUAAUAUAUAGUCGUUUAAAUAAAGCAUUUCUACCUAUUACUGAAGAGACAAUUACUUCAUUACUUCAUGAAUUAUAAUGUAAUUUCUUUAUACAUUCAGUUUAUUGUUUACUUAUUUCAUUAUAGUUGCUUCUUUAUUCUUUCUUAUCUAUCUCUUAAAAGAUUUUUAUACGAUUGUAUUUAUCAAGAUACCUCUUUGUUGUUGUUGUUGUUGAAAGAUUAAGUCAUUUUUUCAUUCAUUUGCUUAUUAUUUAAUCAAAUAUUUUGUUUUUCUAAUUAUUAUUCAUUUGGAUGUAUGUAUAUUUUCAACUUGGCAUAGAAUAUCAUUUUCAAAGAUACUUAUGGUAAAUCUAGUCUAUUAUUUCUAAAUGUAUAUCGAAAUUUUGAAAUAUAACCAAUGGUGAUGAAUCAGCUGACUCAGGGUAUAGAAUAUUUUAUUGAUAUAUUUUUAUUUUAUUUUUUUGGAACAAUCUUCAUGAUUGAAUGAAAUUGAAUCUCUAUGUAAAAUGAUGAUAUUUAGAUCAUAUAAAUGGAUAUGACAACAAACGAUUAGAAAUAAUGCAUUUCAGGUCAUCACUCCGUUUUAAGAAAAUUUAUUUUCCCUAUUUGAAUUGAUUAAAUGGAACUUUAAAUGUUUAUCUUCAAUUCAAUUAUUCCAAUUAGUGUUUUUUUUAAUUGAUGAAUAAUGUUUUAUUGAAGGAUUAUUUAAAACAUAAUUAUAUGAAUGAAGAAUAUGCUUUUUAAUCAUUCCUUAUCAAGUUCUACAAUGAUCUCAUAUCCAAAUUAAUAAUCCAUAAAGGCAGCUAGAUUUAAAGCUGAGUACAUCAUGUGGAUUGUUUAUCAAACUAAAUCGUCAAUAUUAGAGUUGACUUAUAUAAAGUGUUAACUUGAAUCAGUUUAUAAGUGAAAUGAAAUUGGGAGAUAAAUAAUGAACUGAUUGAUGUUAGAUCAUCAUUGAAAACCUGGUGAUCUAACAUCAAUCAAUUCAUGAUCUCAAUCAAAAAUUUAAUCAUCUCCACAACUAUAUACUGAUAUACAGAUAAAUAAUGAUCAGAAUAAAUAUGGUCACCAUGGGGUGGUCGAGAGAGAGAGAAUGAUGUAAUUACAAAUCAGGAAUUACAUAAUAUGUAGAAUAAUAUGAAUUAGGUCAGAUACAGUGGGUAGGGGUGGAUGCUGAAUAAAGUUCUUAAAAAGGUUAUCAAGUGUAAUAAUAAUAAUAAUAAUAAUAAGGAGUAUUUAGGUGAUUUUUCAAAUUCUUAUGUAAUAGAGUCUUUUUUUUCUUAGUUUCCUUCAAAAUAAAAAAAUGAUAACAGUGUAAUAGAUUCGAUAAGGGAAAAGAUUCUUUCUUUCACUAUCAAGGUAGUAAUAAUAAUAAUGAUCCUUCAAUACGCUGUGCAAAACAUUUAUAUUUAUCUAUGAUUAAUUGUUGUUCAUUUGUAUUUGAAAUGUAUAUUGUAAAUUAAUUUGUUACAAUGAAUUGGAAUUGUUUAAUUUAUUUCCAUUGUAUUUUUGAAUGGAAUAAAUUUAUUUGUAACAGGAAAAAAGAUUUAGAUUUUUGAUAUGACUUCUUCAUUGAUUUCUGAAAUCCCCUUCACCAUUGAUAUGUCUUGUCGACAUCAUCGUUAAUUGUUAUGUCUGGUCGUCGAUGAUUGUUGUGUUGGAAACGUUUAUCACUUAUACUUGAAACGAGGGAAUUUCGCAAUUCUCCAUGACGCGAAAGUAAAGGAUACAAAGACCGGUAUAAGUAAUGAUUUAUUAACCUAAAAACACGAUGACAAUGACGACAACCCUAGUCGAAAAUACAUUCAUUUACAUAUUGAUUGUACAUACAUACUUUGAUUAAUAAUUAGGAUGAAGUCACAUAUAUGAAACAUACUUAGAGUUAUAACAAAUCACAUACUGAGCAUAGUUCAUCGCCGUUGAAUACAAGAAUAUUGUAUGUUAUAAAGAAUAAAAUAUCAUACGGGAAAGUAAAACCGAUUACUACACUGAAUAAUCAUCACAUUGAAUCAAACCGGGAGUAAUGUUGAAUAAAAUUCAUAAUGGGUAAAUCAAUCUAAUUUUGAUUUUUCUUUCCAUCAUGUCCAUUUUACUUAUAUAAAGGUUGAAUUUUCCCGUUGUUAUAACACACAAGGCUACAAUUAAGCAGAUUCUGUUACCAUUUAUUCAUUCUAAGCGUAUUAUCUCAAAUAGCAUUUAGUCUCAAAGUUUGAUUGAUGUUAAUUAGUGAUUAAGAAUGGAAUUUAGAAUGUAUAUUAUUUUUUUCAAUUUACUAACAUACAUAACCGUUACAAAUAAAAUUCAUAUCAUUUCAACAAGCUAGUGGCUAGUUGAACUCAAUAGUUCAAUGAAUAAUGCGUUAGCAUUUGGAUAUGAACAUUGGGAUGUAGGUACAUCUGAUCGAUAAUUUACAAAUAGGAUUAAAUCCACGUUUUGGACUUCAUUGCCAGUCACUAUUUAAUGGAGUCGUUCAACUAAAUAACAAAAUCAAAGUAAUCCACAGUUAGGGAAUUCGAGAUUGUUCAUCGCUUGAAGAACUUACAGAUAACUAUAAAAGGAUAGAGAUUCAUAUUCUUAAGCUGUUAAUGGUGUUAUAAUAGUCAUUAAAUUGUAUGUUUCAUUAAAAUUUUUAAUUUGACCAAGUGAUUUAAUAAGAACAAUGACAGGAAUAUAGUUUUUUUAAAAAUUUACAUGUUUAGUUAUUCCGUACACUUAAUGUUUAUGUGUCUGUUUACUCAAAGUUAGUAGAAUUACGGUUAGUUGAUACAAACAAAAUGGUAGAUACAACUUUUCUUGUCUUUAUAUUAUGAUUAUGCAGUGAGUAGGAUCUUAUAAAGUAUCAAUGGAAAAGAACAGAGUAAAUGAAAAGCAUACAUCACUCAACAACUUAAAGAACCCAAUUACUGUCUUAAGUAAAUAGUUUAAAAGAAAUACGCUCACCAAACCACUCUAUAUUAACUAAUUUACAUGUGGGUGUUUUUGAGUCUUAUUUUCAAAUAUAAACUUUAACUGUAUUCUAUCGUCGUAAUUAAUUUAGUCUGAUAACAUAGAGAAAAGAAUGCUUGAAAAUAUCGAAUAAUUUUUUGAAAGUUAUUUAAUAGCUUCUCUGACAAUUGAAUUUGCUCAUUCUUGGUAAAAAUCAAAAUAUUUUACUUGCAUACUUACUUACGCGUGUUACUCCCAAUGUAGCAUAGGCCGCCGACCAGCAUUCUUCAACCCACUCUGUCCUGGGCGUUUUUUUCUAAUUCCAUCCAACUCUUGUUCAUUUUUCUCAUGUCUAUCUCCAUUUCCCGGCGUAAUGUGUUCUUUGGUCUUUCUCUUAUCCUUUGGCCUUGAGGAUUCCAAGUGAGGGCUUGCCUUGUGAUACAGUUGGGUGCUUUCCUCAAUGUAUGUCCUAUCCAAUUCCAGCGCCUCUUCCUGAUUUCUUCCUCCGCUGGGAUCUGGUUUGUUCUUUCCCUUAGUAGGUUGUUGCUGGUAGUGUCCGGCCAACGGAUCGGAAGUAUUUUGUGUAGACAACUGUUAAUAAACACUUGUAUCUUGUGGAUGAUGGCUUUCGUAGUUCUCCACGUUUAUUAUACUUGCAUAGUGAUCCUAAUUGAAAAACUAUUGAAAAUUAAGUUACAUUAGACACAUGUUUUGUCCUAGUGUUGAACUCCUCGGAAAUGCACACCUAUGACUGUUUUAGGGAUAGAAUAGAGGUUUAAUCUUUAAACUAUUGACCCAACAUUCACUAGUUUACAUAUUUAUGUCCAACCGGUUUGCGAUAUUGAGCAAUUAUGCUUUAAUGCCACUACAUGCAAACUACUGGAAGGGAUCUCAGUGGUCUAACCAACUCAGUGUUUGUCUUGAGACAGGUUCGAACUCUAGUGGGGUGGUUAGGACACACUGUUGAGGGGCCCAGUAUGUAAACGGGAAGGCUGUCUAGUGCUUCCUGGAUUCCAGUGAUUAUAUAGGAUCAGUAUAUGGUGUAAACUAUGAAAUUUAACAAUCUCCACAAACCCCCAUAUAUUAACGAAUACUGGUGUUUCACUGCGUAGCAUAUUAUUACUAGUAUUUUAUAAAAGCGUUAGUGCAUCUCAAAUGAAAAGUGAUUUAUUUUUUACGAAGUUGCUUGAAACCGUUAGUUGAAUCUGUUCUGAAUACAAUAAACGAGCGGGGGUCUAGAUUCACUGAUAAUAAAUUCAAGGAUUCAUAUAUGGGAUUUUGAGUCAUGUAUGUCUAAAGACUGAAAUAGAAAUCAAAUACUUACUGGUUUCCAAUGUUUAUUUAGUUAAUUUCAGUCUAUAGUGAAAAUUAUCUCCAAAAUAAAACAUGUUUUUAUAUAUCUAAAUGCACCAUACUACUCAUUAUUAGUCAGUAGUAUGAAUCAUUAUAGUUAUAUACUUAUGCAGGUUGAAUCAUUAACAGUAACCAUCAGUCGAGUUUUGGUGUAAUUCAGGACACAGUUAUCCAGAGUAAUGAGGUUUCAAAUUGCUUUCACACUAUUUUAUUUAUUAUCCUUGUCUCCUCUUACCCUCUAUUUCUAGACUAUUUGACCAUUUAUUUUUAUAUAUAAAUGUUCUUAACAAGUAUAUUUUAUG